UAUUGUGGACCUCUGGAAGUUUCGGAUUUGAAAUCUGAAUUGCAGAUCAUCCGGAUCGAACUACGUAGUGACGUGUCUUAUAUAAGUUAUGUAUUCUAUCGGCAGGAUUUCUGAGGUUGGGUUUGAUUAUUGUUCUAGGCGCUAAUCUUCAUGACGCCUUGAUGUGUGGUGCUAGGGAGUUGUUGAGCGAACUCCAGGUGAGUGGGCAGUUUUGUUUUCGUAUUACCUUUAUACUAUAAAUUUUUCCCAGAAGAUGAAUUUAUACGAAAUUAUGUUUUGAAAAUGCCAUGCAUAGAAUUAUUUGGAAAAUGUGAAUUUCAUAUGAGUUAUAUGAUUGAUAUAUGAUGCAUACAUGUUGCAUGGUGCUGUGGAGGCACAGGUAAGUCAGGUGAGUUCAUUAUUCAUUUAAUUGAUUGUUGAUAAGAUGUUUCAAGCUCAUAACCUGCACCCUAGGUGUUAGUGCUUAUUUUAUUCACCACACCGCACGCUCGCCUUGGAUCCAAGUAGGUGGAUGUCGUACAGACCAUGUGAGGGUUCCGACAUGCUAGUCGUAUAGAUCACUAGGCGUGAUUCCGACUAGUGGGUGAUCUUAGUUAUGCGCGCUGAUGAUUGAUGAGAGAAGCACUAGAGCGUAUUUUUACACCUUUCAUCGUACAGACUACCUUACGUAGUUCCGAGUGAUGUGCAGAGUAGGGCCGUAUAGGUCACUGUGGUGACUCCGGCUUAGUGAGAUAUUGAGCUAUUGAAUUAAUCGUAUAGGACCAACUGCAGGGUCUCCGAUUGAUUCCUUAUUUCACCUGAUUUAUAUUUUGAUUUAUGGCAUGGCAUGUUUUUCUUGAAAAAUGUUAAAGAUUUGGGAUUCAAGUUUUGAGAUUUCAUAUGGUUAUAUAUAUAUAUUUUUUCUGAAAAGUGUUAAAGGUUUGAGAUUUGAGAUUUUUGCUUAUAUAUAUGUUUAUAUAUAUGCUAUUUUCUGGGAAAGUAUACAGGUUUUACGGUGAGGGGUUAGAAAUAUUUUAAAUGAAAAGUUUUCGAAAAACUUUGUUUUACUGACCCACUCAAUUUUGUUUUGCGCCCCUCCAGGUUCAAGUUAGCAGAGCUUUGGUGGCCACGAGGAAUCCAACGGUGUUCUGACAUAAUUCACAAAAGUAGGACUCACCCUCGGGUGUGUCAUCUUAGUAAUUGGAAAUUUUUUUUUAAAGCUUCUGAACUAUGUAAAUGGUUACGUCACUCUCACGUGACGGCCAGCACGCCCUCCUUCGGGACGGGGUGUGUCAGUUG